AAGUUAUCUCCCUUGUUACCUCCUCCAUAAGCUCCUUACCAGCGCGUGGUGCCUUCGUUACCUUGAUAGUGCUCUACUACGCUGCGAGGAACUUGACAUGGCCACCGUGCCUUGCAGUGGCUGCACGGUUGACUGAAAUCAAAAACACAACAUAGAAAUACGUCAGUGAGCACCAAGCUUCUAUGGUGCUAUGUGCCUGAAGAUGCAGAUAGGGACAGUGUGUGUGAGAAGACUGGUCAAGAUUGCCAUACAUCAGACUGCUCCAUUUCAUGACACAAGCUGUUUAUACAGAUCUCCUCAGCAGACUUGCAAUCCUUUUGAACCUCAGGCAUCCGAACUGAUAGAUGUCCGCACUGAGAAGGAGUUUUCCGUGGACCACAUACCAGGCGCCAGGAACCUGCCGGUGCUAACACAGGACCAGCAUGUUGAAGUGGGUACUCAGUAUUCAAACAAUGCCUUCCAGGCCAGGAAACUUGGGGCCAGAUAUGUCACCAGCUGCAUCAGUAAACAUAUUGAGAACUACUUCCUGGCAAAAGAUGAAAACUAUUCACCUUUAGUGUACUGCUGGCGUGGAGGUCAAAGGUCUAACAGUCUGGCAGUGGUUCUGGCCGAGAUUGGAUUUUGUGUGUAUGUGUUGAAAGGGGGCUACAAGUCAUAUCGGCAAAUUGUCACAACUGAUCUUGAUAUCCUUCCUAGGGAGAUGAACUUCAGGGUCAUAUCAGGUUUAACAGGAAGUGGCAAGACUUUUCUUCUUCACCAGUUAUCAGAACGAGGCCAACAAGUCCUUGACCUUGAAGGUUUAGCUUGCCACAAGGGGUCCACCCUUGGUCUGUGGCACAACCACACACAGCCCUCCCAGAAGAUGUGGGAGUCUCUGUUACGGGACAAGAUGGCUCAGCUGGACAGUAGCAGACCGGUGUGGGUGGAGUCAGAGAGUAGGCGGAUUGGAAGAGUUACCAUCCCAAGAACACUCUUCAACAAAAUGUGUGAAGGACAGAGAUACGAAGUGAAUUUACCCAUGUCAGAACGUGUUUGUCACAUCAUGGAGGAUUAUCCUCACUGGAUAUCUGACGUGGAAAACCUGAAAACUACACUUGCUCCUUUAGCAAGAUUUGUUGGGAAGAAAAAGGUGUAUGACUGGUAUGAUUUAUUAGCACAUGAACGGUUCAAAGAAUUUGUGGAGAGUAUCCUACAAGAUCACUAUGAUCCCACCUAUUCCAAGUCUCAAGCUAAAGCUCUGACAAGGUCCACAUGUGGUGUAAAACAAUUUCAAUUAGAAAAUUUACAAGAAUCGGCUGUAAACCAAUUUCUAAAUUAUAUAACAGAGUCUUGACCAAACUGAAGUGAAAGAAAAGCUGUGCUAGUUUUACACCUCUAACAGUACAGAAUGCUAACAUGAACUAUUUGACCUUGCUUUUAUAAGUAAAUAAACAAGAGUAUGAGACCAUG